AUGACGCAGAGACGCAGCGUGAAGCGUGGGUAUAAAAGCGGAGGCAAAGGGGGGGCUUGGAGCACAGAGCGGUUUGGUCGUUCGUUGGAGGGUCCUCUUUUCUUUGCUCGGCGACUGCGGCUCUUCAUUGGGGAGCAGGAGCGGCGCGACGAUCGGAGAAGCGGCCUAAGACUUCGGCGUUGGCUGGCUCCUUGCAAGCACUGCCUCCUGCCUGGUGGUGGGCAUGGGGGCCGGGGCCUGUGCAGCACUUGGAAAGCAGGCCCCUUCUGGAUCACUUUCAGUCUGGAUUUCUCCCUGGCCAUUGGCAUGACGGUCAUCAGCCUAGAGGACAGGAACUUCAGGGGCAUGGUGGGGGCACCAAAUAAAGGGCUUACCACAAGCUCAGGGUUAGUAUUACCAAUAGCGCUGGAGCUUGUGACUGUGCUGGUGGGCAGCCCCCGGGCAGACGGCCUUGUCUCCCUCCUGACCACCUCCGAAGAUGCUGAUGAGCCCCGGCGGCUCCAAUUUCCACUGCCCACAGCCCAGCGGUCAUUGGAGCCCGGGACCCCCCGCUGGGCCAACUAUGUCAAGGGAGUGAUUCAGCACUACCCAGCUGCUCCCCUCCCUGGCUUCAGUGCAGUGGUGGUCAGCUCAGUGCCCCUGGGGGGCGGGCUGUCCAGCUCGGCGUCCCUGGAAGUGGCCACAUACACUUUCCUGCAGCAGCUCUGCCCAGACUCCGGGUCCAUAGCUGCCCGGGCUCAGGUGUGUCAGCGGGCCGAACACAGCUUCGCAGGGGUGCCCUGUGGCAUCAUGGACCAGCUCAUCGCACUGCUGGGGCAGAAAGGCCACGCACUGCUCAUUGACUGCAGGUCCCUGGAGACAAGCCUGGUGCCGCUGUCAGAACCCAAGCUGGCCGUGCUCGUCACCAAUUCCAACGUCCGCCACUCGCUGGGCUCCAGCGAGUACCCUCUGCGGCGGCGCCAGUGUGAAGAAGUGGCCCGGGCGCUGGGCAAGGAGAGCCUUCGAGAGGUGCAGCUGGAGGAACUGGAGGAUGUCGUGGGUGAGAUCCGGCGCACGGCCCAGGCCGCGGCUGCCCUGAGCCGCGGAGACUACAGAGCCUUUGGCCGCCUCAUGGUAGAGAGUCACCACUCGCUCAGGGAUGACUAUGAGGUGAGCUGCCCCGAGCUCGACCAGCUCGUGGAGGCUGCGCUGUCAGCACCUGGGGUUUACGGCAGCCGCAUGACUGGUGGUGGCUUCGGUGGCUGCACCGUGACCCUGCUGGAGGCUGCCUCCGUUCCCCAGGCCAUGCAGCACAUACAGGAGCAGUACAGCGGCACCGCCACCUUCUACCUCUCUCAGGCGGCCGACGGUGCCAAGGUGCUGCACUGGUGAGGCACUCCCCGGGACAGCACCCGGGCAUGGGGCCUGCCAGGCAGCACGUCACGAAGCUCCAGGCCUCUGGCGCCUCUUGCCCUCUGCAUCUGGGUGCUCAAUAAACUUGUGCCUCCCACCA